UUUCCAUGGCGGGUAUAUAAACCAACGGACGCCGACGAAGGGAGAGCUUUGAAAACGGGGAAGGCGAAGCACGAGGGGGAGUUAAGGAUUCGAGAGGAUCGAAAGCAAGUGUACGAAGUGGAAACCCUCGUUCCCCCUCGCUGAGCUCUCUCGUAAGCAACUGCUUCCAUUCCAUUGCGCCGAAGCCCUGUGGUCGAGGAUUCUGAAAGCUUCCUCGAGCUCUUAUCGCUGCCAGGCCGCUUCUUUUUUCAGCGGUCAGCUGGCAUGGAUCCGUACAGCGGCGAAGGUACCCACCCGGAUCCCGACAGUGGGCUCCAAGAGUCUAUGUGGCGUCUGGGACUUGGCGGUGGCGGCAAUCGUAGUGGCGGCUGGGGUUCUGCUUUUCCGGAGAGGCCUGGGAAACGGGACUGUGCUUACUAUUUGCGGACUGGUACUUGUGGGUAUGGUGAGAGAUGCCGCUAUAAUCACCCCCAUGAUCGCAGCGCUACGCAGGUAGCUGGAGCUGCGAGGCUAGUAGCUGGAGAGUAUCCGGAACGCUAUGGCCAGCCUUUUUGUGAGUACUACUUGAAGACUGGGACAUGUAAAUUUGGUUCUACAUGCAAAUACCACCAUCCUAGACAAGGAAGUGGAUCUGUUCAGCCAGUCUCAUUGAACUAUUAUGGAUAUCCAUUACGUCCGGGUGAGGAAGAAUGCUCAUACUUUAUGAAGACGGGGAAAUGCAAAUUUGGCUUAACUUGUAAAUUCCAUCAUCCACAACCUACUAGUGCCUCUGUGUCCCCUCCUGCACCUGUGUUUUAUCCAACAAUGCAGCCUCCGUCGAUUGCUACACCACCACAAUACCCUGAGGUGGGUGUUUGGCAGGUUGGGAGGUCUUCUUCAUCUGUGUCUGGAUCGUAUGUGCCAAGUUCAUAUGCCCCUAUGUUGUUUUCACCUAGAGUUCUUCCGGUCCAUGGUUGGAGUCCUUAUCCGACACCAAUAAAUGAGACUGCUUCUUCUGGUACACAACAAUCUGCUCGAGUAGAACCACUUUAUGGGCAACCUUCUCAGUUAUCUCCCUCUGCCCCAGCUUACUCUGGUCUUUAUCCUCUUGUAACUUCUUUUGUUGGGCCUUCAACUAGUACUCAGAAAGAGCAGAGUCUUCCUCAGAGACCUGGUCAACCUGAGUGUCAAUUUUACAUGAGAACAGGGGAGUGUAAAUUUGGUGCAACAUGUAAAUAUCAUCAUCCACCAAAUUGGAGCAUACCUGCAACAAAUUGUGCAUUAAGUCCUCUGGGCCUCCCCCUUCGACCAGGGGCUCAGAUUUGUGCUUACUAUGCUCAACAUGGAGCCUGCAAAUAUGGCCGGACAUGCAAAUUCGAUCAUCCAAUUAGUACAGUGGGUUAUAAUCCUGCAUCUUUAAUUGACAUUCCAGCUGCUCCUUACCCUUUUUGAAUCUCACCCCAUUAGAGCUCUGGCCUGGCUGCCAUCGUAGCAAUUUGUCUUAGGUUUCGUUUGGAACGGCUUUUUUACUGCUUCUUGAAGCGGCUUUCUAGUACAAAAGUUAAAUUUGUACUAAAAAACCGUUUCAAGAAGCAGUAAAAAAACCGUCCCAAACGAAGCCUUAUUCCACUGCAAGCUACUGGCCCUGGUAGUCCAAUAUUAUCCAAGGGAAGAUAGAUUUUUACCACAUUCCUCUAUUCAUCCACUUCUCUAAUGUCUUCUGCAACCUGUAGCAUCACAAAGGGUCAGCCGAGGAGGAGCAAUAUCAAGGAGUAAUAUUAAGCUGUUGGUGUAUAUGGUGAAGUUCCAAGACAUUCUUCACUAUUCUUAACACAAAUGAAAAAUUGUUAUACUUAAUGUAUUUAUUUAUUUGGACGACUACAUUCUUCUCAGUUCCAUCUCUCUUCCUGGAUCAAUUUCUGAUGGUUGUCUUGUUCAAUGUUCAUAUCAAUAAGCUGUGAGUUCAGCUAUGUGGUUGUUUGCAAUUGAUCAUCUUUGUUGCAUUUUGUCAUGACAAUGGAGGAUGUAUUAUACAUAGCUUCAGCCUUUUGGCUUUGAAGAAAGGCUUACAGGUUCUCUCAUCUACAACAACUGAAAAUUCACAAGUAGGUUAUUGUAUUUAUGUCUAAUGGAACAUUUUGUGGAACAAGAUUGCAUCUUUUUUAUU